AUGGACAUUAUCCCAUUCUUCACAGAAGCACGCAACAUACUCGAUGCGCACCACGAUCGACGCGAACGCGUGAUCAAAGUGUCAAGAGAUAUUACAGCACAAAGCAAGAAAAUGGUCUUUGCAUUGCAUCGUGCGGCACAAAAAGGUGGCAACUAUAAAGAAGCAAAAUUAAAACAAGAAGAAAUCAUGGGACUCUUUCGACAACUCGCACCAGAGGUAGCAGGAACCAACUAUUACAGAUACGCACGCAGUUUCUCGGGUGGAUUUGAAGAAUUCAUUGAAGGUGUCGCGUUCUUACAUUAUCUAGAGCACACGACUAUGAUUAAAAAAGAGGAAAUCGACAAACUUUUUCAAGACGAAGAUGGCGAUCAGUGGUUGUACGUUCGCGCCGAGGAUUAUGUAUUAGGAAUAGCAGACUUCACGGGUGAAUUGAUGCGAUAUGCGAUUAACAUUAUCACGAACGGUAAUUACGAUCAAGCAUUGCAGAUAUGUCGAUUUUUACGUCAAAUCAGCACAGACUGCGAGAUUUUGGCAGGUUCAUCAUUGCCGCAGUUAGGCAAGAAAAUGGGUGCCCUUCGUUCAACAUGUUAUGCGUUUCAAAUACGGGGCAGUGAAUAUCCAAAGGAAAUGUAUCAACAGAUAAUUCGCGACGUUCAAUCACGUCACGAAGAUGAAAGGCCUCAGGAUGAUUGA